AUGUCUGCUGAGGGAGAAAUGGCCGGCACAUCAAUUUACCAGUCAUCUGAUGAAAGCAACGCAUCUGAAGAGGAAAUGACUGUACUGCCAGAAAAAGUGCACGUAAGCGCGGCUGACGAAACAUCUGUCGAAUUCACUGAUUUGGAAGAACAGACCAGAACGCCAAACGAGGAAGAACAUGCUGACGGCCUAGUCUGCAGGACAUCGGAGCCACACAAAUUCUCCGAAGCAGAGACCACCAUGUACCCUGACAGUGAAAAUGCUAGUGCAAUCAAUCACCAAGCAUCUGAAGGAGUCAGCACAUUAGAAGAGGCAAUGACUGAUUCGCCAAAUGUAGACCAUGAAAGCACGACUGACGAAACAUCUGACAAAUUCAAUGCAUCGGAAGAACAGGCUACAGCAUCAGCCGAGGAAUCGCAUUCUGACGGCCAGGUCCACCAUACAUCAGAGCAACAUAAUUUAUCUGCAGGAGAGACCACCAUGUACCCUGACAGUGAAAAUGCUGGUGCAGUCAAUCACCAAGCAUCUGAAGGAGGCAGCACAUUUGAAGAGGCAAUGACUGAUUCGCCAAAUGCAGACCAUGAAAGCACGACUGACGAAACAUCUGACAAAUUCAAUGCAUCGGAAGAACAGGCUACAGCAUCAGCCGAGGAAUCGAAUUCUGACGGCCAGGUCCACCAUACAUCAGAGCAACAUAAUUUAUCUGCAGGAGAGACCACCAUGUACCCUGACAGUGAAAAUGCUGGUGCAAUCAAUCACCAAGCAUCUGAAGGAGGCAGCACAUUGGAAGAGGCAAUGACUGAUUCGCCAAAUGUAGACCAUGAAAGCACGACUGACGAAACAUCUGACCAAUUCAAUGCAUCGGAAGAACAGGCUACAGCAUCAGCCGACGACCCAAAAUCUGACGUCCAGGUCCACCAGACAUCAGAGCAACACAAAUUAUCUGCAGGAGAGACCACCAUGCACCGUGAGAGUGAAAAUGUUGGUGCAACAGAUCACCAAGCAUCUGAAGAAGGCAACACAUUUGAAGAGACAAUGACUGAUUCACCAAAUGUAGACCAUGAAAGCACGAGUGAAGAAAUAUCCAAAGAAUUCAAUGCAUCGGAAGAACAGGCUACAGCAUCAGCCGAGGAGCCAAAUUCUGACGGCCAGGUCCACGAGACAUCAGAUCAGCAUAUUUUAUCUGCAGCAGAGACCACCAUGUACCCUGACAGUGAAAAUGCUGGUGCAACAGAUCACCAAGCAUCUGAAGAAGGCAACACAUUGGAAGAGGCAAUGACUGAUUCGCCAAAUGUAGACCAUGAAAGCACGACUGAUGAAACAUCUGACCAAAUCAAUGCAUCGGAAGAACAGGCUACAGCAUCAGCCGAGGAACCAAAUUCUGACGUCCAGGUCCACCAGACAUCAGAGCAACAGAAUUUAUCCGCAGGAGAGACCACCUUGCACACUGAGAGGGAAAAUGUUGGUGCAACAGAUCACCAAGCAUCUGAAGAAGGCAACACACUUGAAGAGGCAAUGACUGAUUCGCCAAAUGUAGACCAUGAAAGCACGAGUGAAGAAAUAUCCAACGAAUUCAAUGCAUCGGAAGAACAGGCUACAGCAUCUGCCGAGGAACCAAAUUCUGACGGCCAGGUCGACCAAACAUCACAGCAACAGAAUUUAUCUGCAGGAGAGACCAUCCUGUACCCUGACAGUGAAAAUGUUGGUGCAACAGAUCACCAAGCAUCUGAAGAAGGCAACACAUUUGAAGAGGCAAUGACUGAUUCGCCAAAUGCAGACCAUGAAAGCACGACUGACGAAACAUCUGACAAAUUCAAUGCAUCGGAAGAACAGGCUACAGCAUCAGCCGAGGAAUCGAAUUCUGACGGCCAGGUCCACCAGACAUCAGAGCAACAUAAUUUAUCUGCAGGUGAGGCCACCAUGUACCCUGACAGCGAAAAUGUUCGUGCAACAGAACACCACGCAUCUGAAGAAGGCAACACAUUUCAAGAGGCAGUGGCUGAUUCGCCAAAAGUAGACCAUGAAAGCAUGACUGAUGAAACUUCUGACCAAUUCACUGCAUCGGGAGAACAAGCUACAUCAUCAGCCGAGGAACCAAAGUCUGACGGCCAGGUCCACCAGAAAUCGGAGCAACAGAAUUUAUCUCAAGGAAAUACCAUCAUACAAACUGAGAGGGAAAAUGUUGGGACAGUUUUGUUCAAGUCGUCAGCACCGAACGGCGCAUUCAUGCAGGGAUCGCGCUUGGCGCUGGCGUCUGCGCUAUCGGUGCGGCGCGGCAUCAUGAAGGUGCGAGCCAACAUUCGUCCAAAUGUCGUGGCAGCCGACAUGUCCUCACGGGAUUGCCUUGGCGUCUUGGAGCUCUGUGAGAGCGACUUCUUGCAGCACGUCGCCGACAGUGCUCACGCGGCUACCGUCGUGUCGAGAAUCCAGCCCGGACGUCCUGUUCCUGACCUUAGACAGCUACAGCUGAGGGCUGCGCGGAGAAGGGCAGACCACCGUGCCAUCCGUUGCUCCGGGGCGGCGGACUGCCGGCCUUCAGGCGGCUGGGCACUGUUUGUAGACGCCACGCAAACCGAUGUUGGAAGCAGAGCUGCGAAGGUGUCUGCAGUGCCAUCUUCAGCCCUUGACGCAGCCCAGCUGCGUGGCGGCUUCUGCAGCCGCUAG